UGUUGAAGCUUUUGGACUUGAUAAUGCUGGAUGGCUUGUCAUUAGUGUUGAAACUUCUGGGCUUGAUAAUGCUGGAUGGUAUGUUGUUAGUGUUAAAACUUCUGGGCUUGAUAAUGUUGAAGGAUCUGUUAACUAUAAUGUUGGUUCUGGAGCUUUCAGGCUUGAUAAUGCUAAUUGGUUUGUUAAUCAUGAUGUUGGUACUUGA